GUGGGGAUGAAGGGCCAGCAGGGCCAGGGGCCGGGGACUGCGGGAGGCGGGCGGAGAACAAAGCCGCUCGGGCUCUGCCGCGGAAGUAGUGCCUGGCCCUCCCGCCCGCGUCUCCCUCACGCUCUUUCUCAGGGUACUUCCGAGGCGGAGGUGGGGCGCACCUGCUGGAGCGGGCUGGCCUGCCGGCCGGGUAGGGAAGCGCGGGCCGGUCGCAGCGCCGGCAGCGCUCCGGCCUGCAGGGAGGGUGGGAGCCGCAGCUCCCUUCAUCGUCUGCCUCCGCCUCGGUUGCGGAGACUAUCUGGUGACAAUUGAAGAAAAAAGCAAAGCAACUUUCCUAAGAGCAUAUAUGAACUGGAGAUGCAUGCCUGCAGGGAGUUCUCGCGUGUGUGUCCGGAUGGUUGGUCACAAGAUGGAAGAGUCAUACAGUGAAGCCUUAAAAGAACAAAUGUCAGUUGUUGAAAUGCCACUUUCAGAUCCUCCACUGUGCAUUUCAUGUUGUCCUGUGAAUGGAGAUCUACUUGUGGGCUGCAAGAAUAAACUUGUCAUAUUCUGUUUGAAAUACCGUGUCAUAAACCAGAAUUUGACUGUGUUAGAUUUUGAACGCUCCUUAAUUUUGCACAUUGAUAACCUCAUUCCUGUCGAAGUUGCAUUUUGUGCCAGACAUAUAGCUAUAACAACAGAGCUGGAUGUUCUAAUCCUGAAACUGGAACUGGUCCAGCAAAGUGCAGACAGGACAGAGCAGUGUGCUCAGGGAGUCAGUGCACCAGAGAAGGCUAUGGAUGGAGGUGUAAAAGAUGAAAGUCCUCCAACACAUCCUUUACAGCUUGAAUUAGAUGAGUUCAUCAUAUGUCAGAAGCCAGUGGAAUUGCUUGGGGAACAAAGUAAGCUGUGUGAGAUACCUGUCAUACUGGAAUCUACAGAGUUACCUGUGGAAGACACAAAGCACUUCCAAGUGCAGUAUCUGCUUUUCAGACAAUUUGCGCCCGACCAGUCGCCUUUUGGGUUUUGUGAAGAGACUAAGUUGCACUCUGUUCAACUGCUUCCUGUAUACCAGACAGGAAUUCCUGCAACAGCCUAUGAGGAAACUGAGAACAAGAGAAAACUUCUGAGUCUCUUCUGCUUUUUCUCUUUACCUCAUGUUGGAUAUCUCUACUCUCUUGGGAAGUUAGUAGAACUAAUUUCUACUUACCAAUAUUCAGAAAAGUCAGAGCAGGCAGUCCUCACUCCACAGUUCCUACACGUCAUUACAAGUCAGAACCUGCAGUGCUUCACAGUGCGAUGCAGUGCAGCAGCAGCUCGUAGUGAGGAUCCAUAUAUUGACACGACUGUGAAGGCUUGUCCACCUGUCACACUGGAUGUCUGUACAUUAAGAAUGCAGCUUUUUAUAGGACCAAGAGCUAUCUGUCAUUUCAAAAACCAUAUAAUUCUUUUGACUAAGGCAGACACAGAAGAUAUUACUGAAAGAAGAAAGCCUACAAGAAGGAUGCUUUCCAGAAAGACUGACCACAUCAAAUCCAGAACAAAUUCUGAGUCAGAGCCGGGUUGGAAUUUAUAUAUUAUAAACACUGUUUCAACAAUUCAGCUUUACAGAGAAAUGGUAGAAUAUAGUAGAACUUAUGAAAAUGUUAAAACUGAGAGCUGCAUCCAUCUUUUAAGUGAGGCUCACUUACUGAUCAGAGCAGCUAUAAUGGACCCUCAUUUCCUUAAAUCAGAUGAGAAGGAAGAUCUUCUGAGAGCAUUCAGAGAAAGUUGUGCCUUCUUAGGAGACUGCUACAGCAGGUUUGACACAAAGGAUUACCACCUUGCUUUGCCGUACUACAGAAUGUCAGGUUUAUCCAUGACUGAAGUUUUAAAGAGACUAGUUUCAGAAGGUGAUGAAAUACAGACAUAUGAGAGAGGAUUUAUAUUUUACUUAACUCAUUCUCUUAAUGAAGACUCGAACGAAGAAUUAAGUAAGGAAUCAGGAAGUAAAGUUCUCCAGAUACUGUAUCUUGCGGACCCUGUGCAGCUGCCUGAUAUCCUUUGCAGUCCCAGCAUGAGAAACAUAUGUCCUUUGACAGCUGUGAAGUAUCUUCAGAAAGUAGAAAAGAUGAUGCCAUCAGUGGUCCUGACACUUACUAAGGCUUUCUUUGCUCUGAAAAUGGGAGACCUGGCAAUGUAUGAACAUGAAAUGCACUCCUAUAAGGAGACAACACUGGCUUGCGGCUUCAUUGGGCAGCCACGGCUCCUGCAGCAGCGUAAGGAAGGAAUUGUUACACCAACUGAGUUUGCUGUUCACCUGAAGGAGACGCAGCCUGGUUUACUCGUGGCUGCCACUGUGGCUUUACAUGAGAACAGUAAAAUUGAACUAGAAGAAGCAGAUACCUUUUUCAAGAUGCUGUGUAAUAGCAGUGAAAACACUAUUCCCCAGCUCCUGGUGGAUUUCUGGGAAGCUCUUCUUGUAGUGUCCUCUCAGGAAAAAAUACUUCAGGAGCUCCUACUGAGGGUUACUUCUCAGUAUGUUCAGAGAAUAUCAAAGAAGCAACUUCCUGAGACUAAGCCAUUGAAAACAACAGAGGAUCUAAUAAAUUCCUGCAGUCAUUUUGGGUUGAUUGUUCCAUGGAUAGCUUCCAUAAUGUCAGUGGGAUGUUCAUCUGACAAAGAUUACCAUGAAGACAUCUCAAGACUACAGUCUCUUUUAUGCAGUCAGUCAAUCAAUAUAGCUUCAGUGCUGCCUGUUUUGGAGCCCCUGACAGAGGCUGACAGCGUUGGCCUCGCUGUCCGUGUUCUCUGCAAUACCCGUCUGGGCAACUACGAGGCAGCCAUUGACCAGCUGCUCACAAGGUGUCCUGGGGCAGCUGUGAUCUACGCUCAGCAUGAGCUGAAAGGUGACACUCAGGCUCUGUGGUGGAACAAGCUGCUUCCUGAACUUUGCAAGAGAACUAGACUUACUGGAAAUGACUGCCCCGUUCUUAUUUCAUCACUCAAAGAAACUUUAUCAAUUGUUGCAAUGGAACUGGAGCUAAGGGAUUUCCUCAGUCUUCUACCAGGAGAUGGAACUGCAGCAUUUUUUCUGCCACAUCUUCUUCACUGCAGCCAGAGGAAGCUGCUGACCUAAAACAAUGACCUGUGGACCUGCUGUUCACUCAGCUACAGUGUGGUGUAAUAAAAAAGUAAAUGAAACAACCAGUAGAACUCCUUAUAAGGUACUGCGAGCCUCCCUUCACAUACAUCUUAUGUCAACUGCAGAAGGACAGUUGUUUCCUGAGGCAAAGCAUCUGUGUUGAAGCUAAUUCUGGUGCCAAAGCAGCUAGGAAAUAGAGACUCUGUAGUACAACUGAACUGUUUUCUAAACAUUUACUACAGACGUACUAAUAAAAUGUGACAGUAUGAUGA